ACGCCCCCACCCCCCUGUACAUCCAGCUAUCAUACAAUUCAUCUUGAAGGUCUUAAUCUGUCAUACAAUCGUCUUAGUUUCCAUAAGAAAUCUCAUGGAUCUCUCCAUGAAAGUCUUUGUGGUCGUCCUCCUGCUUCUUGUGGCCACUGAGGACCAGGGACCAGUGCAAGUAGCUUUGGCGAGGGACUGCAAGUCACAGAGCUACAAGUUCAAGGGGAUGUGCGUGCGCGAUGACAAUUGUGCAAGUGUUUGCCUGACCGAGGGUUUCCCCAGAGGCAAGUGCAAGGGCUUUGCAUGUUCCUGCUACAAGGAUUGCUAGAUGGCCCUGAUUUGUCUAUUGCGUACAUGCUUUUGUGUAAUAACAAUUGAAUAAAUAAUAGUAGAUCUAUAUCUA